AUGUCCUCUACCCAAGCAACGCAACCAUUCCGCUUUCUGGAUCUACCUGGAGAGAUUCGAAACAACAUCUACGACCUUCUACUAUGCUCCUGGGAAGAUGAAGUCGAGCAAGACCCAAGCAUGAGCAGCAAGCUGAGCCGACGCAGCCCAAGCAACCCUUCAUCGUCACUUCUUCGCGCGAACAAGCAAAUUUACGCAGAAGCGUCAGACUACAUGAUUAAGCGCAAUCAAUUCGUCCGCAUCACCUGCCGAGGUCUGGACUCCCGGAACCUGUUUCUCGGCGAAGGUAUCCCAGUAAUCACAACCGAUGCCCGCAAAGUGAGCCUUUUCGAUGGCCACGUCAUGCACAUUACGCUUUCCAAGCCUGCGUUUGCGCCAUCUCCAUUCCAGUUCUCUGAAUUCGAGAUCAUGAUGCUCCGAUCUGACUUGCCGAAGUUGUGCGAGCAGCUAGACAUUGAGAGCGUAAUGGCGGACGCGAACUCGACCACAAGCGAGCACGCCUCCAUCAACGCAAGCAUUAGGUUGAACUACGCGCACACUCGAUUCUUCACCCCAAAGAUCCAAGAGCGCCUGCUAGAGCCUAUUGCGUCAUCUCUCCGCGGUGUGCCCGAUAUCAAGAUCUCUGGAUUUGUCGAUGCAGCCCUUGCGGAAAGCGUGAGGAACCAGGUCGCACAGCCCCGCUGGACAGAGCCUGACGCGACAAUUGAGGAGAUCGGCACCGGUGUAGAUGUCGGCAAGCGCCAAUGGCAGCAAAACAACUUUUACUCUGCUUCCGAAUCCUGGGCUUAUGCAAUGCGCACUCUUGAGCGCAUGCGCCACAGCUCCUCUUGGAUCGGUCUGCAGAAGGCUGGUGGGGAGGACUUUGUGAACAAGACCGCCGAUCUCUACUUCACCCUGAACCUUUUCCACGCCCAGUUCCUGCAAGUGGACAUGGCCAACGACCAGUCUCAAGGACCUCUCGUGCAGCGAAACGGUCGCGUUGCGAUCCAGCAUCUGCGCAAGUGCGAGACUGCGGCUGCACGUUUUGCGCAGCACGCCGGCGCUACAUGGACGCCGAGCAACCAGCAGUCGGCUAAAAUGCUGUUCCGUCACGCGAGGUGCUUGAGGCUGAUGCGUGACACCGCCAACAGCGUCAGAGCCGUCACCCUCAUUGAGGAAGCUGCAGCGCUUGCACCCACAGACAUUGCGAUCCGAGAUGAGAAGGACGCGGUGUUGGCGUGGGAGGCUGAGCUCGAAGAAGCACGCCGCUUGCUAGCAGAGCAGAGUCAGGCAUCGCACGUUGAGAGGAGGUCGAUUUGGUCCUCGGUUUGGGAUGCAGUCACCGAGCUGACUUCUUGA